AUGUGGAGUGGCAAUGACUUCGCCCCUGGAAUAAUGAACUGGCUCCGUCGCUCGUCGCAGCCGCGCGAUUCCCCCGCACGCGGGCGCGCCCUCGCUUAUCUGGUACUUGCUGCGGUCUUCUGUAUACUGUCAUACCAGCUUGUCCUAAACCAUGAAUCCAUUUCCCGCUGGGCGGAAGAGCAGGGGUUCGUGGUGAUCGAUAACGUCGUAACUGAUGGCGAUCCGGAUCCGGAACCUAGUGAACCGAGUACUUACGCCCCCGAGAAAGAGCUGGUUCUCGCAGCAAUGAGCUCCAGCGAUAUGACCUGGGCAGAGGAUCUUUCCUGGCCAGUGAAUAUUUAUCGAGCGGAUGUGCAGCCCGGCAAAGCUGAUUUGACGGUGCCUGUCAAUAAGGGCAAUGAGGCGAUGGUUUACCUCACGUAUCUGAUCGAUCGCUAUGACUCGCUACCUGAUGUGACUGUCUUUUUACAUGGUGCUCGUUAUCAGUGGCAUAAUGACAAUCCGCUUUACGACAGCGUCGUUUCAAUCCAGAAUCUCAAUCUUGAUUUCGUGCGCGAGGCGGGAUAUGUCAAUCUGCGCUGCUCGUGGAUGAUCGGUUGUCCUGCCGAACUCGAGCCUGCGAGGUAUCUGAGAGAGAGACCGGAUGAUCCGAAUCAUCCCACGGCUACCGAGUUCCCGGAUCAGUUUAAGAUACUCUUCCCAGAUAUGCCGGUCCCGGAGUUGGUUGGUGGUGGCUGCUGUAGUCAAUUCGCCCUGUCCAGAGAGCAGGUUCUCCAGCGUCCGAAAAGCGAUUACGAACGGUUCCGACGAUGGCUUAUGGACACCAAACUCGAUUCAGGCACGAGCGGUCGGGUUCUGGAGUAUUCUUGGCAUAUGAUCUUCGGAAAGCCACCACAGCACUGCCCUGACCCGCGCGAGAUGUACUGUAAGAUCUAUGGGCUUUGCAACAUGACUGAGUUUGAGCUACAGAACCAGUGGAUCUGGCGUGGCUUGGUUCUGCCAGAUGGUUGGCCCGAGACGAGAGGUUGA